ACGGGGCCAGAUGCAUCAGUGAAUCCACCACCGGCCAACAAUGAAGACUUUUGUACUCCUCUGCCUGGUGGCUGCGGCCGCGGCCGACAGGCUGGCUCGGAUCGCCAACUAUCAGUACGGCAUCGAGGAGGACGGCGCCUACGCAUCAACGUUUGAGACAACCAAUGGCAUUAAGUCAUCAGAAGAGGGAACCUCCUACCCUGGCAAUGUCCCCGAGUCCGGCAACUACGUGAGGAGCGGCUCGUAUUCGUACGAAUGGGAGGGUGUCACCUACACGGUCACCUGGACGGCCGACGAGAACGGCUUCCAUCCUGUCGGAGAUCAUCUCCCCGACUUCAGUCACACCCGGGAGCACAUUGGAGAGGUUCAAGAUGUAGAAAAGUGAAUAUGUGGAAUAGUGCAUGCCCACCGCUGUUCUUUGGGCCACGCAAAUAUGUGGCAUACGAUAUUAAGUGUACCGGAACGGUCCAGUCAAUAUUUACCGAUGCCAACGGGGGAAUUAUGUGUUGUCCUGAUUGUGAUAUUUAUAUGUUUGUCCUAUGUUCAAAUGCUGUUUCGAUGCCAAGUUACAUAUAUGAUCACCAAACAG